UCAAAACGUGUCACUACUCAUUAAUAAGUAAUAUCCAACGAGUAAUGUGGAACGAUCAACGUAGCACAUAUUACAUUGUAAACUCUUCGUAAAACGACCCCAUUUAUUCACAUUUCACUUCUCGAACUCUCUUCGGUACUGUCACUCGCCGUUCUCAUAAAGUACACGCAGAAAAAAAUAUGGAUCAAGUUACAAAAGUGUUGGAACCCGGACGUCAGUUUUCCAAAGACUCAGUUAGACUGGUAAAAAGAUGUACUAAACCUGACCGAAAAGAGUUUCAAAAAAUUGCAAUUGCUACGGCCAUUGGUUUUUGCAUUAUGGGUUUCAUCGGUUUCUUUGUUAAACUUAUUCACAUACCCAUCAACAAUAUCAUUGUAGGAUCAUGAAGUAUUAACAAUUCAACUUCUCUAUUUCCUGAAAACAACCUUUUUUGAUGAUAAUAUGUGUAUAGUUCACAAUUUUGUUUUUAUACUGUGUAUUAAGUAUUUGUGAACAUCAUUUGUGUUUCCCUUGUUCAUUUUAGUACAUAGAAUUUAUAUAUUUAUUUAAUGUUUCUAAAUAUGAAUUUUAGCAUAAUUUAUAAUAAUGUGUAAUUGGCAUGUAAAAAUAAAAUACUUUAUUAUGAACAAUAAAAUUUAAAAAAAAAAACA